CGGGGGCGGGGCCGCGGCGGAUGUCGCGGCGGCGCGAGGCGACAGCUGCGCCCGGUCCACGACUGAGGGCGGCGCGCGGCGCGGGGCCCGGGAGAGGCGAGUUCUAGGAGCGCGCGCGCGCCCCCGAGCGGCGGCCGGGACUGCGAGGGGACGUUGCGCAAUCGAGGGGUGGCUCGGUCUCGUAGGUUCCGCAGCCGCCGCCUCGGCCCCGGCCUCCGCCUCCGCUGCCGGAAGCGGUACGAUGGAGCUGGAGUCGUCGCUGGAGGCGAGCUUCACGGCAAGCGGCGGGAGCGCGGGGCUGCCGCCGGCCCGCUCCCGCAUCUUCAAGAUCAUCGUGAUCGGGGAUUCCAACGUGGGCAAGACGUGCCUGACGUACCGCUUCUGCGCCGGCCGCUUCCCCGACCGCACCGAGGCCACCAUCGGCGUGGACUUCCGCGAGCGCGCGGUGGACAUCGACGGCGAGCGCAUCAAGAUACAGUUAUGGGACACAGCGGGUCAAGAACGGUUCAGAAAGAGCAUGGUACAGCACUACUAUAGGAAUGUACAUGCUGUUGUCUUUGUGUAUGAUAUGACCAAUAUGGCCAGUUUUCACAGCCUGCCAUUAUGGAUAGAAGAAUGCAAACAACAUUUGCUUGCAAAUGAUAUACCAAGGAUUCUGGUUGGAAAUAAAUGUGACUUGAGAAGUGCCAUUCAAGUUCCCACAGAUUUGGCCCAAAAAUUUGCUGACACACACUCUAUGCCACUGUUUGAAACCUCUGCUAAAAAUCCCAAUGAUAAUGACCAUGUGGAAGCUAUAUUCAUGACCUUAGCUCAUAAGCUCAAGAGCCACAAACCUCUGAUGCUUAGUCAGCCACCUGAUAAUGGAAUUGUUUUGAAUCCUGAACCAAAACCUACAAUGACUUGCUGGUGUUAAGUAUCAGUAUUUUAAAAGUUAAUCUUUUGACUUGUUGAAAAGAUGCUUUUUAAGUAUACAGUAAAUCCCAAGUUUUAGUCAUAAGUAUUCUAGGGUCAUCUUAGCACUUUAAUGUUUGUCUUGUAAAUGGAGGUGAAGUCAUUCAUUUGUUUCUUUGCACCUUGUAUACAACUUAAUGAAGUUUUGUCAUUUUGGUUGUAUGGGGAAAAAGGGGGCAAAAAAAGAAACUCCAGUAGAGUUUUGAGGGUAAACAAAUAGAAUUAAUUAGUUCCUCUGAGCUCAUUGUUCAUUUGAAUCAUUGUGAUAUGCGUCUUCAUUAUAGAGUUGAAAUGAAGCAAAACCAGAAGGAAAAAGAUAAUCUUCCUUCUGAGCUAAGAAAGGUUAGGGGUGCCUCAAAUGGAAGAAAAUGAAGGAAUUUUAAGAAUCUUCAAUUAAAUUAUUUUAAACAGAUCAUUGCCUAGCAGCCAAAGGGUUUAUGCAAUGAAAAUAUCUAAGGGAAUUAAAGUAACUUUUUUUACUGGAAUAUAAUUUGAAUGUGAUGUGUUCUCUCAGCUUAAAAAGGGUGAAGCCCCAAUUUUUGUUUGUUUCUGCACCUUACAGAAUUUUCAAAAAUCCUGUCUUAAAACAUUAUGUCAAGUAUCUGUGAUUUUUGUCAGUGAGGAAACUCUGUCCACUGACAUAGAUUGCAACCUGUCUGUGAUUUAUGAAGCACAUAGCUAUCCAAAAUCCUUACACCUUGAAAUAGCAUUAUUAUUAAGUUACAAUGAUUCCAUAAUUUGCAUUAUUAAAUUACAUUUUAGAGCCAAGGGUUUGGUAGCAAAAAUAUGGGAAUGAGAGGAAUGUGCCUAGGAUUCUCAUCCAGGCUUGAUGUCAUAAAGGAUAUGAAUCUUUCAAUAUUACUUGACCACUUGGUGCCUCAACCAUUGUAGAUCAAUUUUAUCAAAAGAAUUUUAAAAUACAAGCAUUAUUUUAAUUUCAGGCCUAGAUAAAUUAUUUUAAAUAGAUAUUGUGAAAGGUCAAUUUUAAACUUCACUCACUACAUAAUGAGAUGGGGAGGGGUUGGGCUCUUUUCUCAUUUGGCUGGUUUAAAAAGGAAAAUCUGCUUGAAAGUUUUUGCAGUGCGUGUCAGGAACUACAUGUAAUUGAAGAAAAAAAGAAUAAAUCUGAAGUUUAGCUACCACAGGAAGACUAUGCCUUAGCUAUUAGUGAUUUUCAAGUUUGUAUUUUGAAUGUUAUCUCCUGCCAAAAACUUCAAUUUAAUAACUGAAAGUUUCUGAACACCAAGGAAGUUAUUAAUUGUCAAUUAUAGUUCUAUGUACUCGUUAGCUCAAAUUCUAUGAUUCUAAGUGUACUUAAAUAAUAGUACUUUGCUGCAGGUAUAGUAUUUUAAAAGGAAAAACGUUGUCUUUAAAAAUUCUGUCACAGCAGCUCUAUUUCAGUCUAAGAAGUAAAUUGAUAUUUAUGGGGAAAAUUGCAUCUCUCUGUAGUGAACAAAAUACUACAAACCUUUUUUCCAAGUUUGCACAUACAACUAUUAUGAAAAAGGGAAUUAAGCCAUGGGAUUUAAUUGAGUACAUGAAUUCGGUAAUUUUUUAUAAUACAGUCCUUGUUGAUAAAUUUCAAGAUCAAAUUAAAUAAAUGGACAAAUUGUGCUUUUGUUAUGUCCAGGAUAUGUGGAAAAGAAAUUAAGCAUUCAGCCAGUUGAGGGCUUUUUACAAAUUUAUUAUCAUGGUGAUCUUAUGGUGAUUAUUGAAUUAUAAAAGAAAGAUAAUCUAUUAAUUGAAGUAUGGAAAACAGAGACAGGAAGUAAUUAUUCCAUUUUAAAUUACUGUGGCCUAAGAGAAAAUAAAUUGGCUUUAUUCUUGUUUAGGAAGAAUCAAUUUUCCUUAAUCAUACUAGAUUAAGGAAUGAUGGUUUCCUCCUAAAUUGAAAUUGUAGUUGUUUUUGUAAUAGUGCUAUAAUGACAAUAAUAGCAAUUAUUUGGGUAAUAAUUUUUAAAGAAGGGAACUUUACUUCUCUUUAUUGCCUUCCCUAGCCUUUUUUUUUUUUUAACAUAGGGGCAAUGAAGAGUUGCAGGAAUUGGUUUACAAACUUUCUAAGGACAUUCUAUGUUUUUUCAACAUUAUUAUUGAUGGUUUAAAAAGUAAUUAAACUAGUUUCUUGAAUUAAGAAGUUACAAAUAUACUUUAAUUCAUUAAAGGAUUUAUUUUUGACAGCAUAUUAAUGUCAAAAUUAUCUUGUUUAUAUCAAUUUUUAAAAUUUUUUUUAUUUUUUUUAUAUUAAAAAAUGUUAUUAGUUUAAUUGGGGUAAGCUUUCCAACAUCAGCCAAAAGAACUAUAUGAAAACAUUUCUUUGAAUGUUGGGAAAUGGCUUCUCAUGAAUCAUUAACUGUAAUGUAUUAAAACUUGUAAGCACAGAUCCUACAUCUUGUGAAUUUACAGUUUAUAGUUAUUUUAACUAUAUUCUGCAUUUCUAAUUUCAGAUGUGUUUUUAAAUAGUUGUUAUUUAGGGAAGUUCCAGUAUGGGACAUUAAUCCAGAAUCUAAUAAAGUUAGUCAGUAGCAGUGUUUUACUCAAAAGCAUAUUCUGUGUAUCUUUCUCCCAACAAACCAAAAUUAAAGUCAGAUAAUUUUGUUUUAGAAUAGUACCACUGCCAUAACCAACACCUCUCCCUAUUCUCUCUGCCCCCCACCCAGCCUAAUAAACAAGCUUUGCCACAAAUAAAAA